AUGCCACGCCUGGCGAUGCAAACCGCAGCGCGCGCAGCGCACGCGAAAAGCGAACUGCUGGAGAUCUUGGCUGGUGAAAACUGGGAUGCCAGCAGGGUGGAAGCAGCACAACGUGUGGAAGACCUGGUCCAAGCACUCAUUGAGACCUGCCAAGAGGGAGGACGAAGGGAUGAUACGGGACGAUACUCCAAACAUGCAGGCUUUCGGAGGGUUUUCACCGUGGGUUUGCCUCCUGUGGUGGAAGGACACCACGUCAGCUUUGCCUCUGUUUGGUUCAACACCUCCAAGAAGUCCACCGCGCUCCACGAGUAUGUCUUUGGCAAAGGACCUUCGCCUGUACAGGCUGCAGCCUUUACGAACAAUGCUGUUCAGAAGGUCUACCAGGUCCUCGACUUGUCCGUCUCGCCAAAGCGCUGGUACAAUGUCAUUGAUGCCACCCCUGCGGGCAUCAUUUGCCUGGAAGCUGACCUGACUUCGCAAGAUGCAGACGUGCGCUUUCAGUGGACGGGCGGGCAGAUCAUUGUGAAGAGGCCCCCAUGGUCUCAAGAGGAUCUGCCCAAACCCAUUCGUUUGCCUUAUCCUGUGCCCUUUGCCCUGCUGGGUGAUCGGGCCCGAGGAAUCUUCGAGACCGCCUACUUGGAUGAAGAUCUGCGCCACUCGAUUGGAGACCAGACGCGGAGACCGCGAUUGAAGGCGUGGGGAGAGGCCACCUUCGAUCUGGUGCCAGGCCCUCAGGUGGGAAACCAUCUGGGCAUCUGGUCACUCAUCAUCGGGGUGCUCGUGAGCGUCCUGGUGGUGGGUGUUUGGAUCGGGUGGAAAGCCCACUCCAUCUGGGCCGUGUGGAAAGUGGUCAACCCACUAGCUCGCUUCCAAGUGGGUGACACACCUUGGGCCAUCCUCACCAGGAAGGCCAUAAGGUUUGUGUCUCGUCGCCGCCUCAUAGGCCUUGCCUUCUCCAACUACCGCAACUACUCUUUGCGGAACACCGAGCAGGGCACACCUACAACCCUACGAAGGGCAAGGCUUGCGGUGGCAAGCCCAAAAGCAUCUGCCAGGAGGCAGAUCCAAUUCGACCAGGAGCUCACCCCGUUGAGAGAAGAGCUCAAUAAUAUGGCCACCCUUCAGCAUGUUGCAGACUGGGCCGGCACAACUGGAGAAGUCCACGAACAUUUGAUGGAUGCUCUGGGCAAGCCCUCAAAACUGCGGGACAUUGCCUUCAUCAACCGGACGGUCUGGGACAACGUGGUGGCAGGGUUAAAGAUCGAUACUUCAUCGGGCACAACCACCAGUGAAAGAGACCUCACCCCAGUUGAGGCUUCUCGAAUCGAGAUAUUCCGAAGGGUGACUUUACUUCGGCUUGGUGCAAAUCCAGAUCACGUUGGAUCGUCAACCGCACCGCCAGUAGGGUCCAUCGGAGUCUCACCUUUGCCAAGUACUUCAACACCAACCUCUCCCACGAGGAAGCUGAAACUGAGCAGCGUGAUCGACCCAACGCUGGAUGCUGAGAUUCUUCAGCUAGAGCAGUCAGAAGUGGCACGCAUGUAUAGUACAUACAAGGCAAAGUUCGGGGACCAUCCAAGCCAAGAAGUGGAACCUUCGGCAGACCAACUGUCGGGUAUCAAUCAAAUGUUGCGAAUCAAGAGAAGGAUCAGCGACUUUCCCCUGUGGAUCACUGCAAAGAACAUCUCCUCCGUGGGAGACCUUCCCAAAGUGACGAGGUGGCACAAGUACAGGUACGGCUGUACAAACCUGGAACCGGAACUGUGGGCUGACCAACCGAGAUGCCUGUUGGUAUUCAGCGGCAAGAGCAGACCCGGGGACUUGGCUAGCUACCUCGGAGCAGAAGGAUGGAUCGUGGUCAUCGUCGACAAGGUGGCGCCAGAGCCCACCGAUGUGCUGUCAGAGCACUACCUCGACAAGAUCCUAGCCGACACGGAAACCGGCAUGUACGACGUGGUGGGAUGUGCAACCCCGUGUGAAACACUAUCACCGCUCAGGGAAUCACCUCCAGGCCCAAGACCUCUGCGAUCUUUGGAUAAGCCAGAUGGGCUGCCAAGCGAAGAGCUGACCGAAAGUGAAAGGAUUCAGCUCAAGGAGGCAAACCGCCUCAUCGCGCUAUCAGCAAGGCUUGCGGAAAUCCAAGCUACAGCGGGCAGGGCCUUCUGGAUCGAGAACCCAGAUCACAAAGACAAGCUGGACCUAUGGAAGACCACUCCCCUGAAGUUCCUCGUCAGAGAGUUCAACGUGUGGAUCACCGAAUUUGACCAAUGUAGGUUUGGAGCAGAAGUUCGGAAGCCCACGAAGCUGAUGUCGUUCCACAUGAACUUUUGGGGCAUCGGAGACCUCAGAUGCAACCACCCAGUUCAACAGUGGACGAGAACGGACGGCUCCACCUACAAAGCACCACACGAAUCCUUGGUGCAGAGAUGGAGAACAAACGACGAGGGGAAGAAGGAGAGAGCCAGCAAAGCACUGGCAGAGUAUCCUCCACAGCUGAACUACGCAUUGGCCCAAGCCACAGUGAGUGUCAGCAUGUCCAGAGCAACGGCUAUGCUCACUGCUCUGAAAGGAGAGCAUGCACCCUCACGAAGCUGA